AUACAUCUCUCAGACUGCGUGCGAUCCUCGAACGAAACGGUUGUGAGUGCGGAGUGCGGUGACUCUAAGUUAUAUUUUCGACUGCUAUCACUCUCUGUGUGUGGCAUAACAACAAGAUAAAUAGCACAGAACUCGUGAAAAAGCUUAGAUAUUGAUAUUGUAUCUCACUGAUGCGAGGCGAAGUUCAUGGAUUAAAUGCCAGGCAACAACAAAUGCCAGCCAGCAGCAGUGUUUGUGUGUGUGUGCGUCGCGCAGUGUGAAGUAAAGUAAAGGUAAAAGAGCGAAAGGCGAGAGAGUAGAAAACCGAGACGAAAACGUGAGGCGUCCGCCAGUCGCUUUUCCAUGUGUCAACGAUGUGUGAAAAUUCUGUCAAAUUCCCCCAAAAAAUUGUGCCCAAGAUAAAACCCGAAAACCGCGCUUAAAUCGUGAUAUCGUUUAAACCCAGCGCAAAAGCGAAGCCAGCAAUCACAACAAAACCAAACAACACAAAGAGAGCUCAGAUACACAGCGUGCGAGAGCGAGAGAGCGAGCGGUAAAGAGCGUCUCUUCUUCACAAAAAAAAAAAACGAAAAAAAAAUAUGCGGAGUGAAGUGCAAAAUGCAGCCAAACAAAAUACGAGAUCCCAAUAACAAUUAAUCGAAUCAAAAGCCCACGAACUAUCCGCACACUGCCUCCUAAGUCUCAGUUCCCGGACGCAGACAAACGGCAGGCACUGUAUAAAGAACCCAACGGCACAUUUCCAGCACAUCUCCACUGAAUUCCGUCCGCAAUCCGGAAUACGGCUAUAAACGUAACCAUAAUGGACCGCGACAGCCUCCCACGCGUUCCGGACACACACGGCGAUGUGGUCGAUGAGAAAUUAUUCUCGGAUCUUUACAUACGCACCAGCUGGGUGGACGCCCAAGUGGCGCUCGAUCAGAUAGAUAAGGGCAAGGCGCGUGGCAGCCGCACGGCGAUCUAUCUGCGAUCAGUAUUCCAGUCCCACCUCGAAACGCUCGGCAGUUCCGUGCAGAAGCACGCGGGCAAGGUGCUGUUCGUGGCGAUCCUGGUGCUGAGCACCUUCUGCGUGGGCCUGAAGAGCGCCCAGAUCCACUCCAAGGUGCACCAGCUGUGGAUCCAGGAGGGCGGACGCCUGGAGGCGGAGCUGGCCUACACGCAGAAGACGAUCGGCGAGGGCGAGGCGGCCACGCACCAGCUGCUCAUCCAGACGACCCACGACCCCAAUGCCUCCGUGCUGCAUCCGCAGGCGCUGCUCGCCCACCUGGAGGUCCUGGUCAAGGCCACCGCCGUCAAGGUGCACCUGUACGACACCGAGUGGGGGCUGCGCGACAUGUGCAACAUGCCGAGCACGCCCUCCUUCGAGGGCAUCUACUACAUAGAGCAGAUCCUGCGCCACCUCAUCCCGUGCUCGAUCAUCACGCCGCUGGACUGCUUCUGGGAGGGCAGCCAACUGUUGGGGCCUGAAUCGGCGGUCGUAAUACCAGGCCUCAACCAACGACUCCUGUGGACCACCCUGAAUCCCGCCUCGGUGAUGCAGUACAUGAAGCAGAAGAUGUCCGAGGAGAAGAUCAGCUUCGACUUCGAGACCGUGGAGCAGUACAUGAAGCGGGCGGCCAUUGGCAGUGGCUACAUGGAGAAGCCCUGCCUGAACCCCCUGAAUCCCAGUUGCCCGGACACGGCGCCGAACAAGAACAGCAGCCAGCCGCCGGAUGUGGGGGCGAUCCUGUCCGGCGGAUGCUACGGCUAUGCCGCCAAGCACAUGCACUGGCCGGAGGAGUUGAUCGUGGGCGGGGCGAAGCGGAACCGCAGCGGACACCUGAGGAAGGCCCAGGCGCUGCAGUCGGUGGUGCAGCUGAUGACCGAGAAGGAGAUGUACGACCAGUGGCAGGACAACUACAAGGUGCACCAUCUCGGCUGGUCGCAGGAGAAGGCCGCCGAGGUGCUGAACGCCUGGCAGCGCAACUUUUCCCGCGAAGUGGAGCAGCUGCUACGCAAGCAGUCGCGCAUUGCCGCCAACUAUGACAUCUAUGUGUUCAGCUCGGCGGCCCUCGAUGACAUACUGGCCAAGUUCUCGCAUCCCAGUGCCCUUUCCAUUGUGAUCGGUGUGGCUGUCACCGUGCUGUAUGCCUUUUGCACCCUGCUCCGCUGGCGCGAUCCCGUCCGUGGGCAGAGCAGUGUGGGCGUGGCCGGAGUUUUGCUCAUGUGCUUCAGCACGGCUGCAGGUUUGGGCUUGAGUGCCCUCCUCGGGAUCGUAUUCAAUGCGGCCAGCACACAGGUGGUGCCGUUUCUGGCCCUCGGCCUUGGCGUGGAUCACAUCUUCAUGCUGACAGCUGCCUACGCGGAGAGCAAUCGACGGGAGCAGACCAAGCUGAUCCUGAAGAAAGUGGGUCCGAGUAUCCUGUUCAGUGCCUGCAGCACGGCAGGGUCCUUCUUUGCCGCCGCCUUUAUCCCUGUGCCGGCUCUGAAGGUCUUCUGCCUGCAGGCUGCCAUCGUUAUGUGCUCCAAUUUGGCUGCUGCCCUGCUGGUCUUUCCGGCAAUGAUUUCGUUGGAUCUGCGCAGACGCACGGCGGGCAGGGCGGACAUCUUCUGCUGCUGUUUUCCGGUGUGGAAGGAGCAACCCAAAAUGGCGCCACCGGUGCUGUCGCUGAACAACAACAAUGGACGGGGUGCCAGGCAUCCGAAGGGGUGUAAUAACAGCAGCCGGGUGCCUGUGCCGGCCCAGAAUCCACUGCUGGAACAGGGUCCCGCGGGCAGCCAUUCCCUGGCCUCCUUUUCUCUGGCCAGCUUCGCCUUCGAGCACUACACACCAUUCCUCAUGCGCAGCUGGGUGAAAUUCCUCACAGUGAUGGGCUUCCUGGCGGCCUUGAUCUCCAGCCUGUAUGCCUCCACACGUCUGCAGGAUGGGCUGGACAUCAUCGAUCUGGUGCCCAAGCACAGUAACGAGCACAAGUUCCUGGAUGCCCAAACUCGUCUGUUCGGAUUCUACAGCAUGUAUGCGGUGACCCAGGGCAACUUUGAGUAUCCCACGCAGCAGCAGUUGCUGCGGGACUACCAUGAUUCCUUUGUCCGGGUGCCACACGUGAUCAAGAACGACAAUGGUGGACUGCCGGACUUCUGGCUGCUGCACUUUAGCGAAUGGUUGGGCAAUCUGCAGAAGAUCUUCGACGAGGAGAUCCGCGACGGACGGCUGACCAAGGAGUGUUGGUUCCCCAACGCCAGCAGCGACGCCAUCCUGGCCUACAAACUGAUCGUGCAGACGGGCCAUGUCGACAAUCCGGUGGACAAGGAUCUGGUGCUGACCAAUCGGCUGGUCAACAGCGAUGGCAUCAUCAACCCGCGCGCCUUUUACAACUAUCUGUCGGCAUGGGCCACCAACGAUGUCUUCGCCUACGGAGCCUCCCAGGGCAAACUGUAUCCAGAACCGCGCCAGUAUUUUCACCAGCCCAACGAGUAUGAGCUAAAGAUCCCCAAGAGCCUGCCGCUGGUCUACGCUCAGAUGCCCUUUUACCUGCACGGAUUGACGGACACUUCGCAGAUCAAGACAUUGAUAGGUCACAUUCGCGACCUGAGCGUCAAGUUCGAGGGCUUCGGCUUGCCCAACUAUCCAUCGGGCAUUCCGUUCAUCUUCUGGGAGCAGUACAUGACCCUGCGCUCCUCACUGGCCAUGAUCCUGGCCUGCGUGCUCCUGGCCGCCCUGGUCUUGGUCUCGCUGCUCCUGCUCUCCGUUUGGUCCGCCGUCCUGGUGAUCCUCAGCGUGCUGGCCUCGCUGGCCCAGAUCUUUGGGGCCAUGACCCUGCUGGGCAUCAAGCUGUCGGCCAUUCCAGCCGUCAUACUUAUUCUCAGCGUGGGCAUGAUGCUGUGCUUCAAUGUGCUCAUAUCACUGGGCUUCAUGACAUCCGUGGGCAAUCGACAGCGCCGCGUGCAGCUGAGCAUGCAGAUGUCCCUGGGACCACUGGUCCAUGGCAUGCUGACCUCCGGAGUGGCUGUGUUCAUGCUGUCCACCUCGCCGUUCGAGUUUGUGAUCCGUCACUUUUGCUGGCUCCUGUUGGUGGUUCUGUGUGUGGGCGCCUGCAACAGCCUGGUGGUGUUCCCCAUACUGUUGAGCAUGCUGGGACCGGAAGCGGAACUGGUGCCCCUGGAGCACCCUGACCGGAUAUCGACGCCGUCGCCACUGCCCGUGCGCAGCAGCAAGAGAUCUGGCAAAUCCUAUGUGGUGCAGGGAUCACGAUCCUCGCGAGGCAGUUGCCAGAAGUCGCACCACCAUCACCACAAGGACGUGAACGAUCCAUCGCUGACCACGAUCACCGAGGAGCCGCAGUCGUGGAAGUCCAGCAACUCCUCCAUCCAGAUGCCCAACGAUUGGAGCUAUCAGCCGCGUGAAUCGCGGCCCGCCUCCUAUGCGGCCCCGCCCCCCGCCUAUCACAAGGCUGCCGCCCAGCAGCAGCAGCACCAGCCGCCGCCCCCAUUUGCGUCGGCGGCGGCCUAUCCGCCGGAGCUGCAGAGCAUCGUGGUGCAGCCGGAGGUGACGGUGGAGACGACGCACUCGGACAGCAACACCACCAAGGUGACGGCCACGGCCAACAUCAAGGUGGAGCUGGUGACGCCCGGUCGGGCGGUGCGCAGCUACAACUUUACGAGUUAGCACUAGCACUAGUUCCUGUAGCCAUUAGCCCAUAGCUGUAGGCCGUAGCUUAAGUCGUAACCCUAUUUGUAUCUGUAAAAUCGAUUUGUCCAGCGGGUCUGUUGUGGGAACUUAGCUUUCACGGGUUUCGGAUGCUUUAUAAAUUAAAAAAAAAAACAUUGCAAGACAAAGAAUUAAUUGUAUUUUACAAGAACUGGAUUUAACAAAAUCACUAGACUUAUUUUACACUUUAAAUAUUUCAAACCUACAUAUAUUUCAAAUAUGUUUUUAGAAAAAAAAACAAUUUCUAAUAUAAAAAAAUAGUUCUAAACCAACAAACUGUUUCAAAUCGAAACAAAAUCAUGAAAAUUGAAGAACCCAGCAGACCUGUGUGUAUGUAUAUGUGUAUGCAUGUUAGUUAAUUUCCCAAAGUCCGGUAUUUGUAGCAGCUGCCUUCCCCGCCCUCGCCCCUCCCACGCCCACAUUCCCCUUGACACCACGCCCCCGCCGCCCUCUCUGCCUAGCAGCUUUGUAUGUAUGUAUCCUAGUAUUUAAGGCAUACUUAAACUUAGAGAUAUUUAUUGUAACACACGUCACACACAACACACACUGUACUUACAUAUAAUUGAAAGCGAGAUUCACCCACACAAAAAAACACAAACUAGUAAUUUGUAGCUUGUAAUUUAGUUUAAAUAUGUACAUAAAACACAAGGACUUGAACCAAAAUAGUAUCGCUUAAACGGAAACGAAUGAAACGAGAGAAAAUUAAUUACUAUUACUUAAUCGACCACAAGAGAAAUCCCUCCUCCCCCAACGGUACUUACAACCAAAAUAUAACAAGAGUAUAAAUAUAAAAAAAAGCAAAAUGGAAAACGAAGCGAAGCGAAAAACGAUUGUAAACGCGGCAUUUAUCCAUGUACAUUUGUUGCACAAAGACUGACUGUCUUUUUUUAAAAUAAAAAUAAAAAUAUAUA